AUGGAGCUGCAGCUGAACGUGACCGCCCGCUACACGCCGCAGCGCUCCGAAUGCGUUGGCGACGUCCUGCGGCACUUCGAGAGCCCCACGUGGGUGAGGCUCGUAUUGAGACAGGUGGUGCCCCAGCUCAAGCGGAUCUCGCCCACCGACCCCAAAGCGCUCACCAAGAUGGUGCGCGACGCCGAAAGAAUCGGCCCACCCGCUGGACAGGAGAUCACGUGCUCUAUCUGCAUGGCCAGCUCGCCGCUGUCCAAUUUGGCCACCUCCACGCUGCAGUUGCCGUGCGGCCACCGCUUCCACUGUGGCUGCGCGCAGUCGUGGCUCACACGCCGGAGCACGUGUCCAUUGUGUCGCUUCCAGCUACCAAAGGCGUACGCGGGCACAUUCGCCAUUGCGGCCGUGCAGUCGACGCUGGUUUUGCCGCCAGAGCACGACGGUCUCACGUCGUCAGAACUACUGAGCCGCUCAGUCGGUGACGAGACGCUGCGUGCCGCAGUGAAGAUCACCAUGGCCCGGAUAUCGCCAUUCAUGAAGCGGCCACAACCGUGCCAAGUCAGUGUGGCCAUGGUUCACGCCAACGGUUCAUCAGCCGACACAUCCACGAGCUGCCAUGGCAAACGCCGAAGAAGGGAGACUACUACAUCGGAUGCCCCGGAAAAUAUAAGGGGUGUCGUCAAGAGAGUGCGGGCUACCGCGUAA